UUUUUUAAAUAAACUACAAAAAGAUACUGCACGAUUGUUUGAAGUAGUAUAUUCUUUUGCAUCUACAAUUAAAAUUUUUAAAGAGCAUCAAGAUUUAGAUUUUGGCUCUAAAAUGGUUAAAAGAAUUGAAAAACAUUGGAAAGAGUGGGAGCACCCACUUCUUAUUCUUUCAAUUAUUCUUCAUCCAGAUUAUAAGUUAGAAAAGUUUCAAUCUACAAAUAAUAAUUUAACCUAG